AUGUUCGCGGAGCAGGAGAACCAGGAGAACGUCCCUCCCGGCGGCAAGCCGCCGCCGCCCGCCGCCGCCCGCGUGGCGCUGGGGCUGCUGCGGGGCCCCGCGGCGCGGGCUGGGCCGCCGCCGCCGCCGCAGGCGGCGCGGAACGGUGGCGGCGAGGGCCAUGCGGCGGCGGCGCGGCCGGGCGGCGGGCAGCCGCCCUUCGCCAUCCAUGUGGACGAGCCCGAUGGGGAGCAGCAGCAGCGGCGGCGGCGGCGCGGCGCGGCGGCCGAGAAGGAGGAGGCGGCGGCGGCGGCAGCGCUGGGGCUGCGGGCGGCCAUGAGCGCCCUGGGAGAGCGGCGGCCGCUGGCGCCGCUGGGCAACAGCCUGGAGCUGAGCUGCGAUUCCCCGAGCGUCAUGGACAUCUCGGCGUGCUCCGAGGCGGCGGAGGGGAGCCCCGAUGUUAACAGCGUGCCGGACUACGCCAGCGACAUCCACACCUACCUGCGGGAAAUGGAGGUGAAAUGCAAGCCUAAAGUGGGUUACAUGAAGAAGCAACCUGAUAUCACCAACAACAUGCGGGCCAUUCUCGUGGACUGGCUGGUGGAAGUUGGAGAAGAAUACAAGUUACAGAAUGAAACGCUGCACUUAGCUGUAAAUUACAUUGAUAGGUUUCUUUCUUCAAUGUCUGUUCUAAGAGGAAAACUUCAGCUUGUGGGUACUGCAGCUAUGCUGCUUGCAUCAAAGUUUGAAGAAAUCUAUCCGCCGGAAGUAGCAGAGUUUGUCUACAUCACAGAUGACACCUAUACCAAGAAGCAAGUUUUAAGGAUGGAGCACUUAAUUUUGAAAGUUUUGUCGUUUGACUUGGCAGCUCCAACAAUCAACCAAUUCCUUACCCAGUAUUUCCUACAUGAGCAGACAAGUGCUAAAGUUGAGAGCUUAUCGAUGUACCUGGGGGAGCUGAGUCUCAUUGACGCCGAUCCUUACCUGAAAUACCUGCCAUCAGUUAUUGCUGCUGCAGCAUUUCAUCUAGCAGGCUACACAAUCACUGGACAAACUUGGCCUGAAUCUCUGUGCAAAGUAACAGGCUACACCCUUGAAAACAUUAAGCCUUGCCUCAUGGACCUACACAAGACCUACCUCAAAGCAGCACAACACACACAACAGUCGAUAAGGGAAAAAUACAAGAGCACAAAGUACCAUGGAGUAUCGCUCAUUGACCCACCAGAGACACUAAACUUAUUGUAACAAUCAAGAGACUGAUCUUUUAAAAAGAUGUAUAUUACCUUUCCGGGAAAAUGAUGUACAGUUUUAAACAGGGUUCAGAAAUUUAGAUGUGAUCAUUCAGAAUAU